AACAAAGACAUAUAUGUGUGUCAAUAAGAAAUCAAGCAUUUCAAUAUCAGGUGGGAGCAGCCAUGCCAGUGCAAAUAUAGCAUACUAUUAAUAGACAUCUCCACAGUCUCACUCCUCCUGAAGAGACAACAUAUCUGUUGAAGUGGCAGAGGAAAGGGCCUCUAUGCUGUUUGUUUGCUCUGCGCUGCAAAAUCCAUCAGCAUGGGUGACUUCCAGCAGUUCGAGCAGGACUUCUACCAGACGGUAUACCACACUGACGAGCAGGGUCACACUCUGGCCUUUGGCUACGACGAGUCUGCAAGUUAUGUUUAUGAUAACGAUGAAACAGACGCUUUCAUGCCAGAUGUUGCCCAACCUUCCAUGGAGCACAUCUACCAACCUGUCCAGGGCAAAGGAGCGGAUUUUCCAGAUGAAGAGCCUCCGCUUCUUGAAGAACUUGGCAUCAAUUUUGAUCACAUCUGGCAGAAGACGGUGACCGUGUUGAACCCCUUCAAGCCAGCAGAUGGCAGCAUUAUGAACGAAACUGAUUUGACAGGUCCCAUUUUGUUUUGUGUUGCACUGGGCUUCACUUUAAUGAUGGCAGGUAAAGCUCAGUUUGCCUACGUGUAUGGGAUCAGUGCUACAAGCUGUAUAGUGAUGUACGGGCUGCUAAGCCUGAUGAGCUCCAUGGUGGUGUCUUACGGCUGCGUGGCCAGCGUCCUGGGCUACUGCCUGCUGCCCAUGGUUGUCCUCUCGGCCUUCGCCGUUGUCUACUCUUUGCAGGGUGUCCUUGGCACACUUCUGGCGUUGGUGGUGAUUUGCUGGUGUAGUUUCUCAGCCUCCAAGAUUUUCAUCUCCACCCUGGCUAUGGAGGGCCAGCAGUUGUUGGUGGCCUACCCAUGUGCCUUGCUCUAUGGUCUCUUUGCCUUACUGACAGUAUUCUAAAAAUGAUAAAAAUCAUUUACUGCAUGCUUCUCACAAUGCAGUGAGUUGUUACAAGACUUUUGUACUUACAAUUUUGUUAUUUUUGCCAUGCAAAAUAAAAAGUGAAAGGCAUAUUUUCUGUGUUAGAUGUGUGCUUGAAUGUUGACCCUAGUUACCCCAAGUUCAGCAUUAAAUUCAUCACACAUCAACUUCACACUCGAAAGGUAUACCUUGUGAAUAUAUACAAACAUGUAUCAUUUUGAGGAAAGUAUUUCAUUGGAGGAUAAGCAACAUAGAAAAUGGAUGGCUCUGUCCACCAGAGCCAGAAGAGUGCGGAGUUCAAAGCCCAGAGGGAGGCUGACGUCAUUGCAGCACAUAAAAAAUGCCUUGCUCAGACACACUGCAUUAUGGAAAAAAAUUGGUUUUAUUUGAGUGUUAAGUUGCUGUGUUAUGAAUUUAGUGUUUUUAGCAAAGUGUUGAUGACAGCGUGAGUCAGCCUGAUAUGUUGUUAUACUGUUAUAUACUGUAUCAUGACCUUCUGUGAUUUCCAGUGGGUUGGCAAGCCCAUUGUGAUUGAGCUUGUGAUUGGCUCCUGCGCAAGACAGCGCUAGUGUUCCCUCACUAACUCGCGAGCGGCACAGGAUUUCAACAAUUAGCAGUUCUGAAGUAAAGCAGAUAUCACAAGUUUUAUUUAAUUUAGCCAUACAUUAUUGGGCUGCGUAGCAACGGUGGUGGGAAGUGACACUCUAACCGCUGCUUGUUUAUACUGGGGAUCGUCAAUAAAUGACUACUUUGUUAAAAACAAGUUGUAUAUUCAUACCCUAAAAGUACUCUGUACAUCUAUUUGUUCCAAUUUGAUCUUUUAUUGGAUGGACUUUUAUUGACUUUUUUAUUGGAUGAGGGAUGUUGGUCAUGAUGUGUAAUAAAAAAGUAAAUUCAGGAAUAUUUUGCUUGCAUUAUUUUUCAGGCUUUGAAAAGCUAUUUUCAAAACCAUAUUAAAUCCCAUAAACCACGGGUCUCAAACACGUGGCCCACAGGCCAAAUGUGGCCCGCAGGACACUAGUUUGAGGCCCCCGCCUUGAUAUGAAAGUUUAAUGUUAAUGAGGCCCGCACAAGUUUGAUAUUGAUGCUGUAUGGUAUCAUGUACCCAGAAAAAAUUAUUACGUUUGAUUAAUGUUCAUGUUAAAGGUUAAAUAACUGUUAAUAGUUAUCCUCCCUAUCCGUGUGGAAGUGGUAAGUUUUUGGCUAUUUAAGUUUAUAGGA